CUUGCCCCUUUCCAAUAAUGGUUUUGCAUAUCUUUCAUCAAACAAUCACUCCAAAACCCUAAAACCCUUUUCCAUUUUCCUCUCAAGAACGAUAUCAUUGCAGAAAACCCAACACAAUCUUUCAGAAUCAAGGCGAAAGUAGGAACACCCAACACAAGAAACCCUACAAGAAACCCUAAAAACAAUCGAAAGUUCCCAUCUUUUUUGUUUUUUAUGCCAGGCCCUCCAAAAUUCCCAUCUUCUCGCCCUAUCUUUCACGUUCAAGCAAAGAGUAAGCAAGCCCAUCAAAUCAUUGUCGAGCGAAACCAAGUUCUAACCCCCUUUCCUGUUAGCUUCUGCCUUUGGAAGGAAGAAAGGGACAAACUUUUUCACAAGAAACCCUAAAACCAUUUGAAAGUUCCCAGCUUUUUCACCGAAUCUUUCGUACCCAAGAGAAAAACAAGGAAACCCUAGUAAUCUUUAUACAUGGAUGUGUUCAGCAACCCAUCACUGGCAUUGCCUUUCUCUUACACCUUCACGAGCAGCAGCAGCAGCACGACAACGAGCAGUGACUCGUCUUCUGGUCCGUGGAUGGACAGUCGGAUAUGGAGCAAACUCCCACCGCAGCUGCUCGAACGCGUCAUCGCGUUUCUCCCGCCGCCGGCGUUUUUCCGAUCGCGUUGCGUUUGCAAGAGAUGGUACGGCCUCCUCUUCUCAAACUCCUUCCUCGAGAUCUACCUGCAAGUGUUGCUAUCUUCCUCUCGCCGCUGCAACUGGUUCCUCUUCUUCAAGCGCAAAACCCUAAAGAGCUACAUCUACAAGACGGGCAACAGCAGAGGAAAUCAAGUUGAUGAUCCAAGAAACGGGAAUUCAGCUGAAGGCUAUCUCUUUGAUCCUUACGAGCUCCAAUGGUACCGCCUCUCGUUUCCGUACAUUCCGACAGGGUUUUACCCUUUUGGUUCAUCCGGAGGGUUAGUGUGUUGGGUCUCGGAAGAAGCCGGUCUGAAAACACUUCUCUUAAGCAACCCUCUUGUCGGAUCAGUGAGCCAACUGCCGCCAACUUCACGGCCGAGGCUCUUCCCCUCGAUCGGUCUCUCCAUUAGUCCAACCUCUAUAGAUGUUUCAGUCGCCGGAGACGAUCUCAUAUCUCCGUACGCCGUCAAGAACCUCUCGUCGGAGAGUUUCCACGUGGACGCAGGCGGGUUUUUCUCGAUUUGGGCGAUUACUUCUUCUCUUCCUCGUCUUUGCAGCUUGGAAUCGGGCAAAAUGGUUUACGUGCAAGGCAAGUUUUACUGCAUGAACUACGGCCCUUACAGUGUUUUGUCGUAUGAUGUUGCCGGAAACCGGUGGUUCAAGAUUCAGGCGCCGAUGAGGAGAUUUAUCCGGUCACCGAGCUUGAUGGAGAGCAAAGGUAGGCUUAUUCUUGUCGCAGCAGUGGAGAAGAGCAAACUGAACGUACCCAAAAGCUUGAGGCUAUGGAGUCUGCAACGAGACGAUGCCACGUGGAUAGAGAUAGAGCGCAUGCCUCAGCAGCUUUACGUACAGUUUGCGGCGGAGGAAGCCGGAAAAGGGUUUGAAUGUGUCGGAAACGGAGAGUUCAUGAUGAUUGUGCUGAGAGGGACUUCGUCCCAGUUGAUGUUCGACAUGGCGAGGAAGGGGUGGCAGUGGAUCCUGCCGUGUCCGUACGGCGGCAGCGGCGGCGGAGGAGAGGUGUUGCAGGGUUUUGCUUAUGAACCGGCGAUCGCUACGCCGGUGGCUAGUCUUCUUGAUCAGUUGGCUCUCCCCUUCUAAGUCGUUCGUUUGUUAGUUUUAGAUUAGAACUGCGUGUCGUUUUUGUAUGUAGUAGCCGACAAGAUUUCUUGUAGCUGUUGUCUUUUCUUUUUAAUGUG